AUGGACCUACAUUCUGUUGAUGAUGCGGGCAGGACUGCGUUUCUAGAGGCAGCUUGCUCUGGCUACUCCAGGACUGCUCGAUUGCUUCUUGAGGCGAAGUCCGACCAGGAUGCCGCGGACAAUUUGGGCCGGACAGCUCUCCAUUGGGCAUCCAUCUUCGGCGAUCAAGAGACUCUCUGCAUGCUGCUACGGGCGCGGGCCAACGUCAAUGGUGUUGAUGAGCACAGCACGGCAGCUCUCCACCUUGCAUGUUGCAAUGGCCACAUGCAAGUUGCGCAGUAUCUGCUGUUUGCAAGGGCGGACAAAGACCUGGCCGACCACGCCGGCUAUUUCAACACGACGCGGUUGCUCUUAGCCUCUGGUGCUCAGCGCGAUUUAGCCGACAAGGACGGCGGCACCGCUCUGCAAUGGGCUGCCUAUCGCGGCCAUGAAAGCAUCGCUUGUCUUCUCUUAGAGGCACUGGCCAACCCUUGUCUGCCAGACGGUCGGGGCAGACAGGCUCUCCACUAUGCAGCUUACCGGAGGCAUCGGAGGAUCGCGAUCCGGCUACUUCGGGCGGGUGCUGGCAGGGACCUCUCUGACGGUA